AGAGUCUAGUCGCUGGAACAACCAGUGGUCCCUCAGAACCUGCUCAGGGAUCGUGGACCAACCAGCGGUCCCUCAGAGCCUAGUCAGAGACCGUUGAACCAACCAACUGUCCCUCAGAGUCUAGUCAGGGACCGCUGAAAUAACCAGCGGUCCCUCAGAGUCUAGUCAGGGACCGCUGAAAUAACCAGCGGUCCCCCAGAGUCUAGUCAGGGACCGCUGAAAUAACCAGCGGUCCCUCAGAGCCUGGUCAGCGACCGCUGGACCAACCAGCGAUCCCUCAGAGCCUAGUCAGCGACCGCUGGACCAACACUAUUUACUUCAUUACGUGUCCACAAGGCUGGGAAGAAGAAACCCUGAACAAGUCUGGCACCUUAUAUAUCAAGAUGAGUCUUGCAUUAACCUCUGAGUUAGUGGAACAGUAUCGGGAGCAGGUCGAGAGUGAAUCAUCCUCUGUGUUGGCUAUGAAUGCUUGUUUCAAGGCUGAUCCAUUGGAUAUGUGUUUAUGUCGAAGCAAAGUGAUUGCAACAAAUCACGUAUUUACUCAUAAGGUUGAGAGUGAAGGGAGACCAGUUACUAACCAAAAAUCUUCUGGACGUUGUUGGAUCUUUGCCUGUCUCAAUGUCAUGCGGCUUCCUUUUAUCAAACAGUAUAACUUGGAAGAGUUUGAAUUUUCACAGUCUUAUCUCUUCUUUUGGGAUAAGUUAGAGCGAUGCAACUACUUCCUCAACAAGAUGGUAGAGUGCACCAGACGAGGAGAAGACGUAGAGGGUCGUCUUGUAUCAUUCCUUCUCCAUGACCCAGUUAAUGAUGGAGGUCAAUGGGACAUGAUUGUCAACCUUAUUACUAGGUAUGGUGUGAUGCCCAAGAAAUCCUUCCCAGAAUCAUUUAGUGCUGAAAACUCCAUGAGGAUGACCAAAAUCCUACAGAGUAAGUUGAGAGAAUACACGCGAGAACUGCGUACAGUAAUCAACAAAGGUGGUGAUGAUGCUGCAGUUACAGAGACGCUAAUACGCCAGAUGAGUGAAAUAUAUCGAAUUGUAUCAAUUUGUCUUGGAAUUCCUCCUCAAACAUUUACUUGGGAAUAUUAUGAUAAGGCCAAGGCAUACCAUAAAGUUGGACCCCUUACCCCAUUAGAAUUCUACACUGAAUAUGUGAAAAUUGUGUAUAACGUUGAAGACAAGGUAUGUUUAGUAACAGAUCCUAGACCUAACAAUGCAUAUGGGUUGGCAUAUACAGUUGAUUGUUUAGGAAAUAUGGUAGAUGGCCGUCUGACCGUUUAUAAUAACCAGCCUGUGGAAACCUUAAUGAAACUCUGUUGUGAGAGUAUAAAAAGUGGAGAAUGUGUGUGGUUUGGCUGUGAAGUGGGCAAGAGAUUUGCUGGCAAACUUGGAAUUCAAGAUAUUGACAU